CGUGAAGGAAGCACGGCGAUAAUUUUUCCUUUUCGCGAUUUCACCUACAAUUCAAGGCUGCUCUUUAUCUUCGAAGCGGCAGUCCGGGGAAGGCAGCAGAAGAAGACGAUAUGGGCGACAGCGACGUAAUCAUGGAAGAUGCCACGACGGCCAAUGGAGCAUCUCCGCAGGUCAAUGGGACGGCGUCGGGGUCAUCAAAGAUCAACGCGCAGACCAUCUCAGCAGAAGACAAGCAGAGAGGUCAAGUAGCCAAAGACCAAGGAAACGAUGCAUUCAAGGCAAAGAGGCACGACGACGCCGUCAGACUCUAUACCGCUGCCAUUGACACUGACCCUACCGAGCCUUCGUACUUCACCAACCGAGCGGCAGCCUACAUGGCACUGUUCAAGUACAAGCUGGCGCUCGAAGACUGCAAUCGAGCUGCAUCAAUGCAGUCUUCCGCUCCGCAGGCCAAGACGCUGAUCCGGCUCGCCCGGUGUCACUUCAACCUGGGUGAUUUGUCAUCGGCGCAGUCUGCGCUGGACCGAACGCUGAAGCUUGAGCCGGGUAACACCGCUGCUGCGCAGCUGGCGGCGCAAGUCGACCGGACGGCCAAGCACAUUGCCUCAUACCAGCGAGCAAUGAAGGAGGGGUCCUACGGUAUGGCCAACAUUGCACUGGAUCAGGCUUCGAGCGAGGUGCAGGAAGUCCCCCUCGCCUGGCGGCUGAUGCGCGUUGAGCUACUCAUGAAGCGAGGCCAGCUCGAUGCGGCCAAUGGAGCAGCCACCGAUGCGUUGCGGCUGCAUCCAAAUGAUCCAGACGCGCUGUGUCUCCGUGCAAAGGUGCUGCUGGGUCUCGGCACCGACCUCAACCGGGCCGUCCAGCACGGUCAAGCUGCGCUGCGUGCAGACCCUGAGCAUUCGCAGGCCCGGCGGCUGGUCCGCCGCGUCAAGAAGCUCGAGUCGGCAAAGGACAAGGCCAACGCGGACUUCAAAGGCGGAAGGCUCCAAGAGGCUGUUGAUGGGUACACCGAGACGCUGCGCUUGGCCGACGAGGAUGCUGAGCAGGACGGCGAUGCGCGAGGUUUCAAAGCCAUCCUCUUCUCCAACCGCGCCACGGCCAACUCGAAGCUGGGAAAGAACGAAGAGGCGGUUGAGGACUGUGACGAGUCAUUGCGGCUCAAUCCCGGAUACGUCAAGGCGCUGCGGACGCGCGCAAGGGCCAAGCUGGCAUGCGAAAAGUACGAAGAGGCCGUGGGUGACUUCAAGAGCGCGCUCGAAGAGAGCAGCGGUGCCGAGGCCGAGGGCCUCAAGAAGGAGCUCCGGUCGGCCGAGAUUGACUUGAAGAGGAGCAAGAAGAAGGACUACUACAAGAUCCUGGGCGUGUCCAAGGAUGCGUCGAGCGCCGAGCUGAAAAAGGCUUACCGAAAAGAGUCGCUCAAGCACCAUCCGGACAAGGGAGGAGACGAGGAAAAGUUCAAGCUCUGCAACGAGGCGUUUGGCAUCCUCUCCGACGACACCAAGCGGCGGCGGUACGAUGCCGGGGCAGACGACCCAGACAGCGAUGUCGCCGGCGGCUUUGGCGGCGGCUUUGGCGGCAUGGAUGGCGCAGGCAUCAAUCUUGCCGAUCUCUUUGGCGGCGGCAUGGGCGGCGGUAUGGGUGGCAUGGGGGGCAUGAAUGGCAUGGGUGGCAUGGGCGGCAUGGGCGGUGCGCAAUUUGACUUUGGCGGCAUGGGUGGCUCGAGCUUUGCGGGAGCAGGAGGUCCCUUUGGAGCAGGUGGCCAAGGAGCAGGCUCGAGAAGAGGUCGCCCACCGCCUGGUUUCCGGUUCGGCUGAACUGGAGGAUUCUUUGCCAUAUGUCUUUCGCCCAUAUUUGCACAUUCUCAUCUCCUAGAACGCUUCGCUCUCCACCCUCCACGCGCAAUGCACCGUUCUCACUACCAUCUUCACAAAAAGCAAGACGAUCACUGCUCUAGAGCACACAGCGUUUACAAUACUAACUGCAAUGUCGACACCAAUGAGAUUACAUUUU